AUGGAUACAUACUUAUCAAUGCAAGCAGAAAAGAAAAGGGGUGUGAAAAAGAAAAAAACAAAUGACAAGGCUGCGACUAUUGUGGAGGGUCAUCAGGGGGCUAAUGCGCCCAUCAUCGAAAGUGUAUUUGAGACAGGUGAAAGUAGUAAUAAAAAUCAAAGGCGCAGAGGACCUACAAAGAUGAAUCAUGUGUUCACAAGGAAGCUCGAAGAUAGGCCAGUAGUUUCCUUAAAUUCUGACUUUCAGCCAUACUCAAGGAAAGAUAAAGUAGUUACUGAAUUGAGCAGUUUCUUGGGGACAAUAGCAAGAUUAUAUAUUCCACUUGAUUUUGUUAAUUGGUCUAAAGUUCCAGAGGAAGAAAAAACUGGCUGGUGGGAAUAUGUCAGGACAAAGUACAUUAUUCCUGACGAAGGGAAAGAUUGGGUAUUGAGGACGCUUGAUGACAACUGGAGGGUAUACAAAAGCCGAAUUAAGUCUCGAUGCUUUAAGAAGUUCAACAAUGACAGGGACCGUAUCAAAAGCAAGCCUGCAAAUAUUCCAUUGGAACAGUUCAUGGCUCUGCUGAGGUACUGGAAUGAUGAUUUUGUCGAGGAAAAAGCUGGAAAAAAUAUAGCAAAUCGGAAGAAGGUGAUUGAUACUCAUGCUGCUGGUCGUAAGAGUUUUGCCCAGCUUCGUAGUGAAUUGAAAAUUGCUCAGUUGGAUGGUGAAGGUUCUGCCAAGCGUGAGUUGUAUACAAAAACACGCGAGGGUCAUAAAAAGAAGGAAAAGGAAAACGAAAAAGAAAAGGAAAAUGAUGAAAAUUUGGAAGAACGUCCAUCUGAUCAUGAUGAGGAUGAAGCUGAGAUUGAUUUUGAAGCUCAUGGACCAAACUGGUUGGUAGGAAGAACCGGCAGAACAAGGAAAUCUGCAAAGAAACAACCGGAAAAUAUUGGUCACAUAGAUUCUGCAGACCUGGAAAAGAUGAGGAAAGAAAUAGCUGCUGAAAUGGAUGACAAGAUGAAUAAGAAACUCGAGAAAAUUUUGGGGAGACUUGCAGAAAUGAAUCCCACUUUAAAUGUCAAUGUAGAAGAAUUGUGUGGCCAAACUGAUGGAUCAGAUGAUGAGGACGAUGGAAAAGAAGGGGAAGGAUCUUCCAGUGACAAAGAUGAUGACGAUGUAGGCGAUGGGGAUGGAUCUGCCAAUUACGGAGAUGAUGAGAUCGGUUCAGAUGAUGGAGAUGGCUCUGCCUAG